GCUUAACAGCACAGUGUUACGGGGACAGGGUGCCCUCUAAAAAUGUUAGGGGUAAACAAACUAGUUUAGGCAUCUAAGUAGGAAGUAAUUAUUUUUAAGCUAUUAAACCUACAACCCGCAAUGAAAGAAAGAUGCCGCGUUUGCCAGCGGAAGUCGGCAGACCUGGCCAAUAUUUUCGAAGGGAAGCAAGAUCGGGGGAUCUCCAUUGCCCAUAUCAUAUCUGAAGUUACCGGGUCUGAGAUCGAGAAAGUCGAUAAGCUUCCGGAAUUCAUUUGCUCGCCCUGCCUGCAAGACGCCCAAAAUGCAUACGAUAUUAUAAAAACCUACGAGCGCAGCUACAAGAUCUUUUGCGAAGCAAAGGAGGCGAUCCUGGAGGACGAUCUCUCGGAGGAAGAAGUAUGCCUUAUAUCAGAUAGCGAGAGCGUCGAGGAAAUCCCCAAUAUCAAUGACCAAGUCAUGGAAGUGAAACCAAGCACAGAUAAGGAAGCCAUUGAAGUUUCCUUAUUCCAGGAUGGAGUCAAUGUGAUAUUAAAAGAAGACAUAGGAACAAAUGAUACUAAGGAGCCGCAUUCCAAGGAUGCACAAGUGAAGGAACAGCCCACACAAAGAUGUGCAAUGUCAGAGGAAAAAACUGAUCAAUCCGAUACAAAAAUAAAAAAAGAUGAUGUUACUAAGAAAAGUUUCUUUUACGGGAGAAAAAAACAGUGUCCCUUCUGCAAAAAGAUCCUAUCGACUAGUACAAAUCUCAAGACGCAUAUCCGCGGCCACACAGGAGAACGACCUUUCAAGUGCAGUAGUUGCCCAAAGGAAUUUAAAGAUGCCAACUCCCUUAAAAAGCAUGAAAUGAUUCACACAGGCUGUCGGCCCUUCAAGUGUUCCCUCUGUCCGAAGGCCUAUCGCGUUAAGCAUCACCUUAUACGCCACCUUAUGACCCAUACGGGCGAACGACCGCAUCGGUGUAAACUCUGCAAGAAGGAUUUCGUGGAUCUGUAUUGUCUGAACAGACAUAUGAAAAUACACACGGGGGAACGACCCCACAAGUGUUCCGUCUGCCUAACAGCUUUUGCGGAUUUAUCAAACCUUAGGCAACACAGUCGGAUUCAUACGGGGGAACGACCGUAUAAGUGUGAUCGUUGCGAUAAAUCAUUUAUAUAUCACUCGGAUUGUAAGAAACAUUCCCUCAAAUGUCACACGGACUGAAGGCCUUUUAAGUUUUCUGAAUGCCAGAGGAUUUGCAAUCAACUGAACCGUCUUCGCACCCACAUAGAAUGUGUUCAUAAAAAUGAAUCGAAAGAUGCGAUUUAAUCUUAGUAUUAAUUUAAUUUAGGGUUUAUAAAUUAAUGGGAAAUCCAUUAAGGGUUUAUCCUUGUUUACGAUAUCAUUCCGCUAUCCAUACUACUAUAGAAGGAUUGGCUUGUCAAUUUACGCAUUCCAAACGUUUUUUGUUAGUUAAGCACUCUUGAAGUAUUUUCUCCCAAAGUACCUUAUCCAUAAAAUAUAAAAUACAACAAAGAAGUACAUUUUAUUUAUGC